AGAACUAUUUUACUAAUUACACAACUGCGGAACAAAGCAUUUCAAACACUUCCUUGCAGGCAACCUUGGUAUUGGCUCAUUAGAUUAUUAUAGUUAUCUGAAUCACAGUGGUUGUUAUAAAAUCGAUGGUACGGAUGACGCCAAAGAAUUCAAGCAGACCUUGCACGCGAUGGAGGUAAUUGGCAUAGAUGUGGAAUCGCAGAUGCAAAUUUUGCAACUUGUUGCCGCUAUAAUGCAUAUUGGAAACAUCACUUUCACUGAAAACAACAAUUUUGCGGCAUUCCCAGCUUAUUUGCUGGGACUGAAAGCGUCUGCAAUCCGUGAGAAGUUAAUUAGUCGACAUAUGGAAAGUAAAUGGGGCAAGCAAACAGAGCAGAUCAACGUGACGCUGAAUGUCGAGCAAGCUGAGUUCACGCGUGACGCCUGGACGAAAGAUCUGUACGCUCGCUUAUUCGACUUUUUGAUUGCAUCAGUGAAUCAGGGAAUGAGGAUCUCAUCGCGACUAUCUGGGAUGCCAUUGUCCAUCGGUAUUCUCGAUAUCUAUGGCUUUGAAAUAUUUGACAACAAUGGCUUCGAACAAUUCUGCAUAAACUUUGUGAACGAGAAAUUACAACAAAUCUUUAUUGAAUUGACGCUAAAGGCGGAGCAGGAAGAAUAUGUCAGUGAAGGCAUCCGAUGGACGCCAAUUCACUUUUUCAAUAAUAAAGUGGUCUGCGAUCUGAUUGAGGCACGAAAACCGCCAGGUACUUUCUACGAUUUAUGAAG